AUCACCAAAAUGCGGAUUGGUUUCUAUUACGUGUUUUUUGUGCUAUUGGUGAUUGGUAGAGUGGUGCAAUCCCUCGUCCACCAUCCGGUUCAAAGUUUAUUGGAAAUUCAGAGCGCCGUCAAAAAUUCAAAAAAUAUGUCUUUAAAAGAUUCUAUAACGGAGGCGGUUAAGAAAAUGUCCCCAGAGGAAAUACGUCAAAUUAUAGAAGAUGAAGCCUUAGGGGCCCCAGGAGGAAAAACGCAGGCUCAAUUAUUAGAAGAAGCUUACACACAGAUUGCAUCGCAAGCAAAUGAGGUGGCAAAUCUCCAAGCGCGUUUGCAAGCGAUACUUAAAUCACACACUCAAGCAGAGGCUCAGGAACAGUCUCAAUCACAGACUGAAUCCGAAGCUCAAUCACAAACCCAAUCACAAACUCAAACGCAAACUCAAGCAGAAACUCAAUCACAAUCUCAAUUACAAAGGCAAGCUCGAACGCAACAUGAAGCGCUAGCACAACUAGAGCUAGCUAAAGCACAAGCUCUAUCGCAAGAGAUAGCGCUAACUAAGCUUGAAUCACAAUUACUGGCUCAAGCUUUAUCACUGACUAAUUCAGGAGCAAGGUCACAGGUUCAGUCACAAGCUCAAUCACAAUCAGAAACUCAAUCACAGGCCCAGUCACAGACUCAGUCACAAGCUCAAUCACAGGCCGAGUUACAGGCUCAAACACAAGAACAGGCUCAAUCAAGCGAACAAUUCCAACAAAUAGAGGAAGCUCGAGUCCAGAUUGAAAAUGAACUGACAGAGCUGGGUGAGGCACAAAAUCUAAUUAUGGAACAACUUAAAUACCAAACAGAGGGAGAAGAGCAAUUACCGGAUCAAUCAGCACUACCACAAGCGAUUGCUAUUGGGCCUCGAACAUGUAAUCGAUGCCAGGAAACGCAUAGCUUUUCACAAAAGGACAUCCAAGUUGACUCCAAGCUGCAGACAGAUGCCUUGAUCCAGAAGUAUGGCUACCCAUCAGAAACCCACUACGCGAACACAGAGGACAGAUACAAAGUCUGUUUGCAUCGAAUUCCCCGGCCCGGAGCCACGCCCAUCAUGUUGGUCCACGGCCUGAUGGCCAGCUCAGCCUCUUGGGUGCAAUUCGGUCCAUCUUCUGGCCUGGCCUACAUUCUCUACCGGAAGGGCUUCGACGUCUGGAUGCUCAAUACCAGGGGCAACGUAUACUCGCAGGAGCGUGGGUGGGGUCGCGAGAGCGAUCAGGUUUACUGGGACUUUUCCUUUCACCAGAUCGGCCUCUACGAUAUACCGGCUGCCAUCGAUCUCAUUCUCGGGCAGACCAACCAGCCUAACAUUCAGUACAUUGGUCACUCGCAGGGCUCCACUGUUUUCUUUGCGAUGUGCAGCUUAAGACCCGAAUACGCCGCCAAGGUGAAGCUCAUGCAGUCCCUGUCCCCAACAGUCUUCUUGAAAGGACUCCGCAGCCCAGUACUUAAGUUUAUGGGCAUUUUUAAGGGUGGCUUUACGAUGCUGUUGAAUCUUAUCGGCGGCUACAAGAUCUCUCUGAAGAACAAGCUCAUCGAUCGGUUCCGUCAGCACAUCUGUCCAGCCUCCGUACUCACCAGUCGCAUCUGCGCCAUCUUUGAUUUCGUGGUCUGCGGCUUCAACUGGCAGAGUUUCAAUCGGACUCUCAGCCCCAUUGUGGAAGGCCACGCCUCGCAAGGUAGCUCCGCCAAGCAGCUCUAUCACUUGGCCCAGAUGCAGGGCAAAAAUGUUUUCCAAUAUUAUGACUAUGGGCUUCUCCGGAAUCGGGUGCACUAUCAAUCCUUUCGACCGCCCAGCUACAACCUUUCGCUUGUGACCAGCAAGGUGGCACUCCACCACGGCGGAGGCGACUGGUUGGGAUCCGAAUCCGAUGUGACCAUGCUCCAGCAGAGUUUGCCCAACUGCAUCGAAAAGAGGAAGGUGGGAGUCGAGGGCUUUUCACACUUCGACUUUACCAUCUCUCAGGACGUUCGACCUCUGGUCUAUGAUCGCGUCAUUGAUCUUUGUGGUACAUACCGAUAGACGUUGUUGGCAGUUUGGCCUUGUCACAUCAAAAAACGAUAACAGUUUCAUUUUUGUA